AUGAGGAGGAGGUUGAUCGUCGCCUGUCGGCGCCCCUCCUGCUGCUCGUGUCUCUGUCCAGCUACUGGCAUGCUCAUCGACCGGAGGCCCAAAGCGAACGAUACGUCGAGCGGUCGUGUCGUCAAGGCCGUCGUGUCGGUAGUGUAUGGAGGGUAUGUUGAUGGCUCGGUCGUCGCACUCGUCGGCGGCGGCGUUGGUGUCUCUUGCAAUCGGACGGACAGACACCGUCGUUACUCGCUUCGGGAUGCGGCCUGUGGUGGACGAUGCGCCACCCGCUCGGCAAUGCUCCCACUCUCUCGCGGACCGGCUGCGCGACCUGUUGGACGAAGUUGUGUAGCGGGUACGACGACGUCCUCCAUUUCGCAAUUGGCCAUGACCUCGACCAAGCAGCCCACGCGCCAGACGAUCAAGCGCCGCAACGACCGCCGCCUCGCAGACGACAAGUUUGGCUUCCAGCGCUGCCGCUACAAGACAGGCACGUGCACGAACGAGCGGGCUCGCAAGCCCAACGACAUGUACCACUCGCUCUGCGAGAAGCACCGCCUCCUCCACAACUUUAACCAGCGCAACUUUGACCGCAAGAAGCGCGCAAUCCGCAAGUUGCUCGAGGAAGAGGAGACGCCGUCGAGCCCGUCGUCGUCCUCGACGUCCACGUCGACCGACGACGACGACCUCGAGGUCGCGAUCAAGCUCGAGCCGCUCAUGUUUCCACAGAGCCACGCCGUGGCGCCCCGCUGGACGGACGAGGACUUGUACAUCCUCACGGCCUUCCUCAACUAGGACCAUCACGGCCUUCGUACUGUAGUUUACCUAUUUAAUGCAUCGCUUCCUUUCAUAAAGCAUGUCAUGUCAUCAAC